GCAUUAUUUUGGCGGGAAUCCACUGCUCCUCUUCUCCUCUUUCCCUCGCCUAAACUCGUUUUGUUUCGCAAUCUCCCUUUUGCCGUCACCGUUAAAUUUUUUCUUUCCCUUCUUCCUUAAUUUAUUCUUGUUCUGUUUUCCCCCAACCCCACGAAACGGUGAACUUUUACGCGGUUUCCCUUUCCUGAAAAUCUGGUUAUCAAUUUAUCACGUUGAAUCUCAUUAUAUAAUUACGGAAAUCUGUUUGCUCAAUCAGUAAUUAUACGAAACUGCUGGUCAAAUUGUAUCUUUUUCUACAAGAUUAAUGGGUAGAGAAAAAGAGAAAGAAAAACCGUCAGAGAAGGCUCUAAAUCUCCUUCGAUCUCGGCUCACUGACCCAAAUUUCAUCUUUAGACCCCUCUCUGAUUAUCCGGACAGCAAUUACAGCAAGUUGAAGUUCAUAAUAUCGACUUCAGUUACGGAAGCAUGUAAUAAUUCGAUUCUACUUCUUGGUCCUCGUGGGUCAGGGAAAGUCGCGGUUUUGGAACUUGUUCUGAGCGAUCUUCUACAGCAAUACCCUGAAGGAAUAUCCGUGAUUAGACUGAAUGGCCUUCUGCAUAGUGACGACAAUUGUGCACUAAAGGAAAUUGCUCGACAGUUGUGCGUGGAACAUCAACUUUUGUUCUCAAAAGUGGCUUCGUUUGAUGACAACUCCCAGUUCAUUAUAGCAAUGUUAAGGGAAUGUGGAUUAGCACAUAAAACAAUUAUUUUUGUGCUUGAUGAAUUUGAUUUUUUUGCUCAGGGAAAACAAAGAUUACUUUAUAGCUUGCUAGAUGCAAUGCAGUCUGUGAAUUCACAAGCUGUUGUCAUUGGUGUGAGCUGCCGACUGGAUGUUGAUCAGCUUCUUGAAAAAAGAGUGAGAUCUCGUUUUUCACACAGAAAGCUGCUGUUUCUUUCUCCAUCCAAAGAAGACACGGAAAGAUUCAUGGAGCACAUUUUGUCAUUGCCUGUGGAUUCAAACAUUCCCCACAACUAUGCUGCUGAAUUUAAUGGAAGGCUAAAAAAAAUCUUUUCUGAUGAUAGAUUCAAAGAGCUGAUUAAUACUUAUUUGAGUUUCAAUUUCACAAUUGGCCAUCUGGUUAGGUUUUUAUUUCAAGCUGUUUCUUAUAUGGAUUUGGAUGUUGGAUUCCUUUCACUUGAGAACUUCAAAACUGCACUUUCCAGCAAUCAGCGGCAACCAAAACUGGAAUGUAUAAGAGAUUGCUCCAUAUUGGAACUCUAUAUGUUGGUAUGUAUGAAAAGGUUGGAAGUUAAGGAGCAGAAUUCUUAUAACUUCUAUACUGUUAUGACAGAAUACAAGACCAUACACGAUUCAUCCCAAACUUCUGACAACUAUGCAGCAAAUGUUUGUUUACGGGCAUUUGAACACCUUCUUCAACGUCAAUUGAUUAAUUUUAUAGACAACAGAGGACACAAUCAAUCUGUUGAAUUUCGUCCUGUAAAGCUUCUAAUUUCAUCAGCUGAACUGCAUCAAGGGCUGAAGUCAUACCAUCAGUGUCCUGCCAUCCUCCUCAAAAAAAUGGAUCGAUGAAGUUUUACCUUCUCUCUCUGCCGUUUCUGUUAACGACUAUUGUAGUGGCUCGUGCUUUCUUUUCGUAAUGAUAAAAGUGGAUUUCAGUAGGCAUUUUCAUUAAGCGGAGCAUAAAAUGCAGUCAGUUUUAUUUCAUUUGUAUGCCACUCAACAAGGAUAUGGCAAAUGGAAGAUGUUUCGGGGCCAUGAAUACUACAGCUUAGUUUGUGGUUGCAAAUAUUGGUCUUGUUUAAUUUAUAUUAAAGUUCGACUGCAAUUUGUUUUCUGAAGCUUGGGGGUUAUCCAAGUAUAACUCUUAUUCAAUUCCUACCUAGAAGAAAGGACGGGAAGAAUUG